AUGGCCGUGGACAGAAUGUCGGAACAGAAGCAGUCUUACCUUCAGCUGUCCUUUCCAAUCCCUCGCGUAACUGAUGCGGACUUGUGCGCAUUCCACCACGCGCAUUUUGGUGAGGCGUCGGCUAUUGCCUUCACUGCAGACUUUCUCAACCUUGAAAAGGUGCACCAGGACAUUGAGACUCAGCAUCGUCAUGACGCUGGAGACGAAGCAUAUUACGAAGGCGAUGAGGACGAAGACGGGCUUGGGUAUUAUGCGGACGGCGUGAAGCGCACCCUGACCGACGCGCAAAUUGCCAUGUUUCGACAUUCUGAGACCCAGGCCCUGCAAAGAGCUCAAGAGAGAUCUAUGACUCGACGAAACUCAUCGUCGCCGCCACCGAUGUGUGCCCACGUCGAACCUCUCGAAGGCCACAGAAGCGAAGACGGCGAGCUGUCAGAUGAUGUCUCAAAUACGGGCGCCGUCCAUACGAAGAAGAAGAGAAUCAAGAAGAAAAAGAAACGGGGCAGUGGUAAUAGCAAACGCCAUUACUCGCCGGACCCCGAACGCCGCAAGAGGACUUGGGAUGUGGUCGAGACCGGACUGGACGCCCUGGAUUAUGGGGGAUCCGGGCCGUCACAGCCACAAAUCAGCCCGACGAGUCAUCGGCGAAGAAUCACGUAUGAUGAUGAUGAUGGGUGA